AUGAAAAUUAUUUCAUCCAAAAGGUUCAUUUUAUUGAUUUUAGCCACUUCGAUCCUGUUAACAUCACAUGUCUUCUGUGCAGAUGAAUUAACAAUGGUACACCAUCACAGCAAAGAAAAUUACGACAAAUGUUCUGAGCCUGGAGGAACCCCAAAAGGAGAAAAGGAAAGAAGUUUCAGUUUUCAAGAAUUAAAAGAGUGGGGGCCCAAAAAUGUCAUUAAGAUGAGUACACCUGCAGUCAAUAAAAUGCCACACUCUGCAGCCAACUUGCCACUGAGAUUCGGAAGGACCAUGGAAGAAGAAAGAAGCCCUGGGGGUUCAGUCAACCUGCCUCUAAGAUUUGGAAGAAACACAGAGGCAGGCAACUCCAGACACAUUCCUAACCUUCCCCAAAGGUUUGGGCGAAUGACAACAGCCCAAAGUGUCUCAAAGACACUGAGCAGUUUGUUUAGACGAUCCACGCACUCACUGUCUGCCGGUGAGUUACUCCACUGCGUGGCCUGCCAGAGCCAAGAAAUGUAG